AUGUUUUGGAAAAGUACAACAACAUCAAAAACAACAACAAACGGACAACAACAACAACAACAACAAACAUUAAAUAAUAAAAACAGCAACAACAACAAAAACAUUAAUUAUUCAAAUAAACUUGAAACAAAAGAGAAUAAAACAACAACAACAACAACAACAAAUUCCGCCUGUUUAGGAAAACAGGCGGAAAAUUUAAUAAAUAAAAAUUCCGCCUGUUUUGGAAAAUAUAAAAACAACAACAACAAAGAAAUAAACAAGCUUGAACAUAAGAGUCUCAACAACAACAAUAAUAAUAAUAAUUAUGAUUUUAUUGAUGAUUCAAAAUUGUGUUAUUGUGGGUAUUGCAAUAUGGAGCUUAAUGGCUCCUUUGUUUUGGCUAAGGGACGUGCUUGGUGUCCAGAACAUUUUUGUUGUGCAAAUUCGGCAUGUGCCAAAACUUUAAUGGAAACUGGUUUUGUUGAGGAUCCUGAAAGUCGUCGAAAUUAUUGUCCAAAAUGUUAUGAAGUUUUGUUGGCUCCAAUAUGUUUUAAAUGUUCUUUGCCUUUAAAUGAGGGUUUUGGUAUCAUUUGA